UUAUCGCAAUUUAAGUAUUUCAUAUUCAUUCAAAUUUUUAUAACAUGCGUUUUCUAUGCGUUUUAAUAUCGCUGUUAUGUAAAACUGUAAACGGUAAUGAUUCAUCAGAAAUAACAUUGACAACUGCGAAAUUGUUUAAGACUAUUUCACCGAAGCCUUCAACAUUGUAUAAAAGAAUAAACGUUGUGAGAAAUUAUUAUGAAGGGGCUGCCACAUUGUUAGACUUGGUUCGUCUUGUGGAUGCAAGGCGAAAAAAACAUAACAAAAGAAAUUCGUACAUAUGGAAUUGGGAUCACUGGUGUCGUCUCCAACCGAUAAGAGGACAUUGCAAAAAGACGUUAAAUAGAUUUUAUUACGAUGCACAGCUAGAUCAAUGUUUGCCUUUUAUAUAUACUGGAUGUGAUAAUAAUAAAAAUAAUUUUGAGACAAGCUUAGAAUGUGAAAGGCAUUGUAAAGGUAUUACUUAUGUUAAUGUUAAACAUCCUACGCAACCAGCGGCUUGUUUUUUACAAUAUGACACAGGUUUCUGUUUGGCCCUUAUACCCAAAUAUUACUAUGACAUCAAUGAAAAAACUUGUAAAAAAUUUAUGUAUGGAGGCUGCGGUGGGAAUCAAAAUAGAUUCGACACUAUGUUCUCAUGUAUGAGAGCAUGUUCUGUUAUAGUUUAAUAAUAUAUGACGAUUAUAUAAAAAAAUGCUUGUUAUAA